AUGUUCAACAGCAGAGCUUCGUCGAGCGCAGCAAUCAAGCGUCUCACCAUAGAAUACAAACAGCUUUCCACCGAUCCCAACACUCUCUUUCCCGCCGUAGGCCCCAUCUCGGAGGACAACUACCUGGAAUGGGAGGCGCUCGUGCCAGGGCCCGACGGCACCCCUUUUGAAGGUGGCGUAUUCUCGGCUCGACUCAGCUUUCCUGCCUCGUACCCGCUUGAGCCACCGACGAUGCGCUUCGAGCCACCCAUCUUCCACCCCAACGUUUACGCCGACGGUCUCGUAUGCAUCUCGAUUCUGCACGCUCCUGGAGACGACCCAAACAUGUACGAAUCUUCAUCUGAACGCUGGUCGCCUGUUCAAUCCAUCGAAAAAAUCUUGCUCUCCGUCCUCAGCAUGCUUGCCGAACCAAAUGUUGAGAGCGGCGCUAACAUUGAUGCAUGCAAAAUGUACAGAGAUAACCGAGAAGCGUACGAGAAGAUCAUCCGUGAUUCCGUCAAGGAGCAGCUCGGACUCUAA